AUGAUUCCAACUCGGAGGUUAGCUGCACAGGGCGGCUUCUUCAAGCGAAGCGCUGAAGAAUUCAGCCGUCUCUCCAAGAUAGCUUGGAACACCGAAGCCCUUCAUACCCCGACCAAGCCCUACGUCCUCUUGGACUUCGAAGAUGCGUCCUCGGUCGAGGGCUGCAAGACCAUGGCCGACCGCGCCGUUGGCGGUUUCAGUACUGCGAGUCUGGACUUUGAGCCCGCGGAACCCGCAUCGAAUACCCCUGCACAUGCGCGCUUCCACGGCAGCAUCUCUACCAAGCUGCCGACGAACUGGCGCGUCGAGAGAACCGGAUACGCCGCAUUCCGCAACCGAGACCGUGGCUUUUGGCUUUUCGGCCGUCUUUUCUGGGACGUUGAUCCCUACGCUUACCUUGCCCUCCGUAUCAAGUCCGAUGGUCGUCGGUAUACCGUGAAUAUCCAGACCGAUUCUAUCGUGGAAACCGACAUCCACCAACACAGAUUGUACACCCGGCACCACCGCGUCCACGGCCAGACACCCAUGCAAGAAGCCCUGCGCUCCAGAUCUGCCGAGGAAUCCGGUGCUGAAGGAGAGCUUUACCCACAGGGUAUUCCGGACGCUCUGUCAGAUUUCCCGCCCGAAUCGACUAUCAUCUCCUCUUCCUCUAGCGCCACGACCUCCGGUACGACGGGGUGGGAGACAGUCUUGUUGCCGUUCAACUCGUUUGUCCGGACGAAUCAUGGAUACGUGAUGGAGCCGCAGACGUGUCUGCUUCGGUCGCGGGUGAAGAGUAUUGGAAUUGGUCUUACGGAUCGUAUUGAGGGACCGUUUGAUCUGCGUAUUCACAAGAUUUGGGCGACGAAUGGUAUGGGUGAAGCUGAUAUUGAGGAGGAGCGGCGGAUUUGUGGUGCGGAUGCCUUGCCGAUUGAUGAGGGUGUCCGGACUGCUUGGACGAAUAAGCAGGCGUCGAAGGAGGAGGAUGGUCAGAAGAGCUCUACGACGAAAGAGAAGGGGUUGAAGGGAUUGAAGUCGGAGUGGGACGAGUAA